UGUAAACCGUUUUCUUGUGACUGUCCACUGUGAAAACAAAUAUUGUAGAAAUAACAAAUGGCGUUGAUUUUCUAAUAGAAAUGGGAGAUGUCAAGAUGAUGAACUGUUGCGUUUUCACCCCAUCUAAAGAUGAUCAACCGACAGAGGGUGCUCAAAUAAUCUACCGAGAAGAAAUAAUCCCUAUUUUCCAGAGAAUUCUUUGGGUUUUGCAGCCAUGGUUACAACAAAAUAGCGUCGCUUGAUUUCCACCGUUGAAAGGACUCUCUCCUUCUUCGUAUUUGACAGCUAUCAAAAUGCUGAACGCAUUUCAUAAGAAAUAUCAACUUUACUUGCUUUUUUUUUUUGUGGUACCUGUUGGUUUGCCUGUCUGCAAUGCUAUGGUGUCCAGAGUAAAGACUAAUGUUAGCUAGCUAGCUAAGUAGGUAUAAACACGCUAGCUAGCUAGCUAAGUAGCUAUAAACACGCUAGCUAGAUAAGUAUCUAUAAGCACGCUAGCUAGUGUGGUACCUGUUGGUUUGCCUGUCUGCAAUGCUAUGGUGUCCAGAGUAAAGACUAAUGUUAGCUAGCUAGCUAAGUAGCUAUAAACACACUAGCUAGCUAAGUAGCUAUAAACACGCUAGCUAGAUAAGUAGCUAUAAGCACUAGCUAGCUGUCAUGGGAGAUAGCAGUCCACCGUCUCCAACGCUGCACUUGGAUCUCGACAACUUUGACACAACGGACGCCGAGGACAGCACGUAUGUUUUAACCAGUCCGCGGUCGUUGGAAUCAUGUGCAAUACUCGGCGUCAAACCCGUUCAACUUUUAAUAAAAUCUCUAAACGAUUUCGUUGAUGACAACGUAAACCCAGAUAUCCCGUUUAAGGCACUGACGGUUUUGUACGAGGCGUACGAAAGGGAAGGCAGGGGGAUUUUGCGGCUGUGCCGUGAAGAGAGAGAGAAGAUUAUUUUAGAGACGAAAGAAAGACGACCGUCCGUUAAACUGUCAGCCCUCGAAACUGUCGUCGAGGUAGAAAGUCGGAACUCUCUCGAAGAUCCCAAAUCAACAGAGGACGCCUGUGAUGGUUUGAGAACGGGAACUACUCAAUCUGUGGACCACAGCCCCAGAAGGAAAUCUGUGAGCAAUGGCAGAUCCUCUUAUUCUGCUGCUAUCACCAGAGAACAAAACAGAAACCGCUUGAGACCAACUGACAAGAACAUGAUGGUGUCCAGCCUAAGUCUUGGUGACCUCCGACACUCCCCAGCCACAGAAAGACAGUUGGAGAGGCUCACUCGAGACGUCAGGAAGAAGAUGAAUGUGACAGUCCCAGAGAAAGACCGUAAGAUAGCAGCUCUGAUGUUGGUGAAGCACCAAGAGGAGCAGACCAGGCUGAGGCUGAGCCAGCAGGAGGAGCAGGAGAGAGAGGAGGCCCGGAGGCAGGAGGAGGUGCGACGGGUCCAGGCGGAGCGCAGGAGGAAGAAGGAGGUGGAGAAGAGCAUGCAGCGGUGGCAGGAUGGGCAGGAGGCGCGGAGGAGGCAGAAGGAGCGCCAGGAGAAGGAGUUGGCCGGUCAGCGCGAGCAGGAGGUGCUACUGCAGGAGGAUCGCUGGAGGAGGCUCACAGAGGAGCAAGAGGUGCGGAAAAAAGACAAGAAAGAGAUGGCAAGGAGAGAAGCGGAGGAGCGCAAAUGCCUCCAGGAGCAGCUGCUCAAAGACAUGGAGCAUCUGGAGCAGGCAGGGAGAGAGAAGGAGGUGCAGCUGUCGCAGGAGAAGGAGCAGAGGGCCAGGAGGAGCAGGGUGAUCCGAGAGAGGAGGGAGAGGAAGAGGCUCCAACAGGAGAACCAGAGGGAGCAUCUCAGAUGCCUCCUCCUGAAGAGGGAGGUGCAGCAGCAGAUGGAGGAGGAGGAGGCGCUGAUGAGGAGUGCCCUGGAGGAGAAACUGCAGCGCUCCUGGGAGAAGAGGGCCCAGGCAGUGGCGUUGCGGCUCAGGGAGCUGCAGGAGAGAUCGGCCAGGGAGGAGGAGCAGAUCCAGAGGGCCCAGCUCCGAGCCUCCUGGCACAGCCAACAGCAGCUCAGAGAGAAAGAGGUACUGGCCCAAGUGAGUCAGCGUCGUAUGGAGCAGGCAAGCCAGAACGCUCACACCCAGAGGAGGAGCAGGGCACAGCGGGCACAGCAGGAAAACAUGGAGAGACUCCUCUGCCACCAGCGCCUCCUAGACAGGAUACAGAGAGAGGAGGAGACAGAGAGGCAGCUGAGAGAAUGCUGCCUCUCCCUGAAGGAGCGUCGGAGGGAGCGUCUGCAGAGGCAGAGAAAGGUGGUGCAGGAGGAGGCUCGUAGAGUGGCUCGCGCCUCCUGCCAUAUGAGGGAGAAGGUGAGGGAGGCGACGGACGGCAGGACUUUCCACCAGAUGGCUCUGCAGGCUCAGCUAGCUGCCUCCCUGCUGGACCGUGGAAAAAUAUGAACAUCUGCCCUUAUACAUUCAGCACUACACACAAAUACUAAGUCGUACAGUAUUACAAACCACUACACACAAAUACUUAGUCGUACAGUAUUACAAACCACUACACACAAAUACUAACUCGUACAGUAUUACAAACCACUACACACACAUACUAAGAGUCGUACAGUAUUACAAACCACUACUACACACAAAUACUGAGAAACGUCGUACAAACCACUACACACAAAUACUAAGAGUCAUACAGUAUUACAAACCACUACACACAAAUACUAAGAGUCAUACAGUAUUACAAACCACUACACACAAAUACUAAGAGUCGUACAGUAUUACAAACCACUACACACAAAUACUAAAGAGACGUAGUACAAACCACUACACCCAAAUACUAAGAGUCAUACAGUAUUACAAACCACUACACACAAAUACUAAAGAGACGUAGUAUAAACCACUACACACAAAUACUAAAGAGACGUAGUACAAACCACUAUACACAAAUACUAAAGAGACAUAGUACAAACCACUACACACAAAUACUAAGAGACGAGUACAAAGUAAUAGGGCCCAGUCCUGACAUGAGCUACAACAAAGCUUGUAAAUGGCCUGGGCUGUUUUGCUGCAUUCAUAUUUGUUAUGUUAAUACCUGUAAUUCUUCUCAUUCUUCCAGUGGCAAGUAAAUACGAGGUGAUACUUCUGAAACAAUAGAUCUAUUGAGGUAUUCUUCAUCAAACAAAGUGUUUUUGGAUUUGCUGUGUAAGGGAAUAUUUAGCUUAGACAAGUUUGAGUAACUAUUAAUAUCAAUUUGACUUGAAGACAAUCCUGGUCUUGAAUGUAGGCUGGAACUAGAUUUAACUACACACAUAAAAUAUACUGUCUCUGGAAAUAGUUAUGGUAGAGUAAAUAUAUACUGUAGUUAUACUGCAGUUAUACUGCAGUUUGACAUUUAUACUGUAGUUAUACUGUAGUUUAAAUGAGAUGUUUUUCAAGAUCAUUUUUUCAGAUUAUAUAGCUUUUGUAUUUAUUAAAGUGACAAAACAGACACAUUGUUUUGCUAUUGUAUAGUUGCUCAGGAAGUUUGUAUACACUUUAUUCCAGUAUUUCUCUAGUGAUUUGUUUUGUUGUAACAUCUAGAUCAUGAAAAUGUAUUUUUUUGUUACAUCUUUAAUAAAGCUGUUUAGAUAACA